GGUCCAUGUGCGCGCGCUCUACCGCUUGUCGCCACGUGACGCUCUCACUUUCCCUUGCGAGUUUGACAGGAGUUUUGACGGGGCUUUUUUUUUCGCAGCUCUUCUCAGGAGAGAGCUGCAGUCCCGGCCGCCCUCAGCCCCGCCGCCGUCCCUCGCUUGGGAAAGCCCUCCGCCCAAGCUUUGGAGGAGCAAGGAAGGCUCGUUCUGCCCGGCAGCUCACAAACAGACCAGACCGUCGCCGAGCAUGUCCGAGCCCAGCGCCCAGACAGCGGACAAGGAGUCCCGAAGCCCGGCGGCCCAGCUGCUUUUGGGGCUGCGUUGGGGCCGCCUGGAGGAGCCUCUGGGUUUCAUUAAGGUGCUGCAGUGGCUGUUUGCCAUUUUUGCUUUUGGAGCCUGUGGUUCUUUCAGUGCAGAAACAGGGGCUACUGUGAAAUGCAAUGCAGAUCCUAAAGAGAUGACUGCCAUCACUGUGCAGUUUGGAUAUCCCUUCAGGUUGUAUAAAGUUCCAUUUGACAUGCCAGUCUGUGAUCAAGAUUCUACUGACAAAAGGACGCUACAUCUCAUGGGAGACUUUUCAGCACCUGCUGAGUUCUUUGUGACCUUGGGUGUCUUCUCUUUCCUAUAUACUAUGGCAGCUCUUGCUGUCUAUCUGCGAUUUCACUCCCUCUACAAAGAGAACAAGAGACUUCCUUUUGCGGACUUCUGUGUGACCAUCUCAUUUACCUUUUUCUGGCUUGUGGCAUUUUCAGCUUGGGGCAAGGGCCUGUCAGAUGUAAAAGGGGCCACUCGGCCCUCCAGCCUCAUUGCUGCUAUGUCCGUGUGCCAGCUCAAAACUGCUGUAUGCAAUGCAGGGGCUACACCCUCCAUGGGACUAGCCAACAUCUCUGUGCUGUUUGGUUUUGUCAACUUUAUACUGUGGGCUGGAAACUGCUGGUUUGUCUUUAAAGAGACCCCUUGGCAUGCACAGGCCACCAACAAGGAAAGUUCUGCUGAACAAGGAGCAGUUGAUAAGCAAUAAGGAACCUACAUCCCUUGCUCCUGAAGCCUCCUCUUACCCACCAAGAACAGACAGUGCCUUCUCUUAUAUACAUGUUCAUCUCUUUUUACAGCAGUAUAGGAAAUGUGCCUGCUCUGCCCAUCUUUGCUGCUGUCCAGUAGUCAUGCAGGCCUCCCUCCGUGACUGUUUUGGGAUGCCUUCCUCUGACUCAAAUCGGAGGCCUUCUUGUGGUCCUAGACUGUACAUGGUUGCAACCAAACAUUUAUUUCAUCUGGGGUUAAUUUUUUUUAUAAAUAUUCAUUAUUGUACAUUGUAACUUUGGCCCAUAAGUCCUAAGCUGUGUGGCAUUUGUUUCUUAACAGCUGUUUUUGAUCAGCUAAAAAAACCAACUAGCUAAGCAGGGUGAGUAAGGACAGGGCUUUUUUUCUGCAGGAGCCCACACGAGUAGAGCUCCACCUGGGCUGGCCAGAACUCCGGCUGGCCCAGUCUGCCAUGUGGCAGCCAUAUGCUCUGAGGCCAGGCAGUGUGGCCUAAUAUGCAAAUAAACUCCUGCUGGGCUUUUUCUACAAAAAAAGCACUGAGUAAGGGCCAUAGAAAGACCAGAGCCAGUAGUGCUUCAGAUCCUGGAUCAUUUGGAUAUUUUCAGCAGCAAACACUCCUUUGACUCAGCAGCUAUAAUAAAAAACAAAAACAGUAUGCACUUGACUUAGCAGCAAAAGAAGGGAGAAGGAGGGUGUGGUGUUUCUGUCCUUUGCAUUGUGAUGUUUGAAUGUGCUAAAUGUCUCUCUGCUUCCUUAAACACUAUUGGAUUAAUGUCUAACACCUUUUGUCAGCAAAAUACUAUGUCCCCUAGUGGGCAAAGAUCUCAUGGCUGUUUUCCAAUCAUACACAGGUGUAUAUUGUGUUCAUGUUGACCCCACAGGUGCUGAUCCCAAGGAUGACUGAGGUUGCUAAUGCAGAGAAAGGCAAUGGCAAAAGCCAACUCUGCUCAUCUUGAAAACCCUAUGAUCCUGGGGUUACUAUGAGUCUGUUGUGACUUGAUGGCCAGCAAUUAUUAUGUUAACCUGUACAGCAGCUGUUGACUACUAUUUCCCUAUCCUAUGUGUUAUGCAUGUAGUGAUAGCAAAUCCCUUCACUAUGUGGAAGCCACAGCUUCAGAGUUCUUUUCCACUCCUCUGAUGCCAUUCACAGAAAUGUGUCUCAAUAUCUUCUGGAGUUUAAGUACAGCACAACCAGUGGUCCUUCUUGGGUAUCCAAAGCUAGAGAUAUAUGUUCAGCUCCCAGAAUAGUUGGUUAUAAAUCUUGGGGCCCAAGAGACCUAGGGCAUUCAUUUCUUGGUUGAGCUUGUUAUAUUGUUGUCAGUCUCUGGCUUAUACAUCAGGACUGGUCCACUAUUAAUAUGAGCUGCUGAGCCCUAUAUUUUCUGUCGUUUGUUGUCUGUUAUUGAACUCUUGUAUGCCACUGCCACCUGCCCUCAUCCCCUUCAAGUCCAUUGUGACAGCAGAGAUUUGGCCAUAAAACUUUCAGGGAUGCCUGAUUAAUGCCUAAUGCAUCCCAGGCCUUCAAGGAAACACAGGGAUAUAUAUAUUUUUAAGAAACUGAGAUUCCUGCAUGUGCCUCUGGCAGAUGAUGGGAAAACCACAGCAGAAGUUUAGGAAACUAUUAAUCUGUAUUCCUUGCCUGUGCCUUUAAAAUAAUCACUACUACCAAUGAGAAACAAAUUACAUACAUACAUACAUAUAUAUAUAUAUGUGUGUGUGUGUGUGUGUAUGUAUAAAUAAAACUUCCUUGUCUGCGGA